CAUAUACACGAGAGAGGAUUCAAAGAAACAUUGGCACACUUGUUUUGUGUCAUUUGGUUUUUGGUGAGAAUUCUAGUUUCAUUUGAGAGAGUUAUUUUGUGAGAAAAAUAUUUCUCUUUGUCCUCAUUUCUAUAAGAGGAUUUGUUGUACUCUCCCUUUUACAUAGUGGAACUUUGCUCGUGAUCGCCCGUGGUUUUUUACCUCUCACAUUGGGAGGGUUUUUCCACGUAAAUCUUGUGUGUUCUUUUUCUUGCCACUUUACUUUUACUUCUCUUUAAUUCUCAAUUAUCUCGAUCAUGUGCUUCCGCAUUGCGCUGAUACCCUAACAGACACUUUCAUGUCUUCUUGGUGUUUUAUCAACAAAAUCAAACCACCUUCCUUACCCAUAUUGAUGAUUGAGGAGGCUUUUGACAUGUUUUGUAAUGGGGUGGUUGGGUUUGGCCCCUUUUGGAAUCACAUGUUGGGUUAUUGGAAUGAGAGCAGGGAGAGACCAAACAAAGUUUUGUUUUUGAAAUAUGAGGACAUGAAAGAAGAUCCUGAAUUUUACUUGAAAAAAAUUGCUGAGUUCUUGGGUUGCCCUUUCUCCUUGGAGGAGGAAAGUGGGGGUGUAAUUGAGAACAUAAUUGAUUUGUGUAGCUUUGAGAAGAUGAAGGAAUUGGAGGUAAAUAAAUCUGGAACAUUUGCCAGGAAUUUCAAAAACAAGUUCUUGUUCAGGAAGGGUGAAAUUGGUGAUUUUGUUAGUUAUCUUUCACCUUCCAUGGUGGAGAAAUUAUCCAAAGUCAUGGAAGAGAAGCUAGGUGGAUCUGGUUUGUCAUUUAGAGUGAACUCUCAAUAGUGGGGCAUGAACAAUUAAUCUAUGUGUGUACAAUGUUGUACAAGUAACUUUACAAGCCUCAAAAUGAACUCUGUUUAUUUUUAGCUAUAUAUGCAAUGCAAUAACCAUUCAUGUGUUUCAUAGACAUGUGCAUCAAAUGUUGUUGUGGAUCCCUACUCUCCUCAGAGAUCACGUGCGUAGGGUAACAUAAACCCUGUGGUUGUGAGAAUUCUCAGUUAUAUAUGUUUCUCUCAUUAAUGUAUGAACUACGUUUUGGUUGUGAGACGUGGUUUUGUCAUGUUCUAUUGUUCUCUAAUGUUUGGCAACAAAUACUAUGAAUACUUCUUUUGCACAUUAUGUUGAGCUCUGUAAUGUACUUUAGAACGAAU